GCAGGAGCUGCCUGCCUUCUGCCAGCAGCGGGGAGCCACGGCAGCAGCGUGAGCAGGACCUCGGUGGUUUUUCCACCCCGUUACCUACUGCAGGGAUGAAGACCAGCCACGACAGAGACAAGUCAUCCAAAUCCCACACCGCCAAAGCAAGCGAGCCGGUUCUUUCCCCUCACUCCAGGAACGGCAGCCACCAUGAAAAACAACCCACCCGAAGCCCAGGGAGAUGGACCCAUCCCAGGAGCCAGAAAGAAAACGAGAUGCCACCACCGGCAGGAGACACCGUGCCUGGUCAGCGGGGGGCUCAGACAUCAGAUGUCUGUAAUGGCAACUUGUCCCUGGGACAUGUUUCUCAAGAGAUCAACCCUGAGACCCCAGAGAAACUCCCCCGCCGAGACACCAAAAGGAACAGGAACAAGGAUGGGGUGCUAAAGAACAUCCCAACUGCGCAGAAAGUAAGGGAUGAGCCCAAGGAUUCCCCCUCCAGGGAUGUUUUCCUGUUUUGGGCAAACAAAGUGAACGGCAGUGGCCAAGGGGCCACCUUCCACAAGGUGUUGCAGAAGUCAUCCAUGACCUCAGGAAGUGUCUCUCCUGCUCUCCUUCCCAAGGAAGGGCCUAGCAGCUUGGAAGAAGAGAAAUCAGCAAAAAAUCCCCCAAGAAAGACCAGGAGGGAUCUCUUCUCUGACUCAAAGGUUUUCAGCCACGUGGACGCCCAUGUCCUACACGUGAGCCAGCAGCUGAAAUCUGGGCACAGCAGGAUGUCCGUCCAGGCCAUCGUUCCCCUCAUCACUGCCAAAUCCCAGAGCAAGCUGGAGAUGGUGCGGGCAAUAUGGUUUUGGCUCUGCCAUAACAUCGAAUACGAUGUGGAUGGCUUCCUGGGGUUGUCUCAGAAGAUCCACGUGCCAGAGCAGGUUCUGCAGACGGGGAAAGCUGUGUGUUCUGGUUAUGCCCAUUUGUGCCGGGAAAUGUGCAGGGAGGCAGGUUUGAGCUGCGUGGAGGUCCCGGGUUUCGGCCGGGGCCUUGGUGCCCAUGGAGGCCAGUGGUGCCAGCAGCAGAAGACGGGCCACAUGUGGAAUGCGGUGGAGCUGGAAGGACAGUGGUGCCUCCUGGAUGCCUGCUGGGGUGCGGGGACCGUGGAUCCAGAGAGGAGGUUGUUCGUGCCCAGACACGAUGAUUUCUUCUUCCUUACUGACCCUGAGCACUUCAUCGAGACCCACUGGCCGGAGGACCCCGAAUGGCAGCUCCUGCAGCCCCCCAUCUCACGGGAAGACUUUGAGCAGAGGGUUUUUAAAACCUCCGAGUUUUUCAGACUUCAGCUCUCCCUCCUUUCUCCAAACACUUCCCUCCUCAGAACAGCCCGUGGGGAGGCAGCAGUGACGCUGGGGAGCACCCACCCAACAGAGUUCACCUACCAGCUCUCCAAAGCGCAGGGCACCGAGACCGGAGAGGCCGUGGGAGCAGCGCACGGGAUGAUGGUGGUGUCUGAGAACAGCGUGACCAUCAAGGUGACUCCCCCGACCAAGGGCUUGUUCGACCUCAUGGUCUUCGCACGCCACGCCGACUCCCAGGGCCCUUACAACUGGGUGUGCUCCUAUCGGAUUCAGUGCCCGGAGCCGCGCAACGGGGAGACCCUGCCUGAAAACCCGUUUCAUUUCUGGGGCCUCCACCAAAAGGUGAGAGACUUUGGCAUUGAGGACAGCAGCUACAAAGGGGAGCUGCUCGUUGCCCCCCAGGGAACUUUGCUUUUGACCCUGCAGACAUCCCGAGCCUUGCUUGCCACGUAUGAGCUGGUUCAUAAGGAUCUAGACGCUGCUCUGAGCAAGAAAUGCCUGGCCGCUCAAGCUGAGGAGGAGAAACUGAGUUGCCACGUGCUCUGCCCUUUCCAGGGCUACUACCGACUCUCCGUGUUCGUGAAAGACGUGGGGGGCACCACCACCUUCAGGAACGCGGCCAAUUUCCUCCUCCACUGCUCGGGACCCAUCAACCAGAACGAGCUCUUCCCCUCGGGGCUGAGCCUGCACUGCGGGAGCGGGCUCAGCUCCAGCAGCCACGGCCUCUCCAACCCCAGCCACUCGGCCCCCAUCAUCACCACCAAGCUGGGGAAGUGCAACAUCACCUUCCACGCGCCCGCCGACGUCGAGGUGAUGGCCAGCUUGAGCAAGGACAAGCUCACCAGCAGCAGCGAGUACCCCCUGGAGAGGUACGUGCUGGUGACCCACCUCAAGUCCAAAAUCAGCGUGUGCGUCGUGCUCCCCGAGCCGGGCGUGUACAAAGUGGGGCUUUUUGGGAGAAACAAGGACAAUGAGGAGUUCUCCCAUAUUUGUGACUAUAUCAUACGCUGCUUCUCUGAGCCCUGCUGGCCUCCUUUCCCCAAGGUCUACAGCUUGUGGAGGAGAGGGUGCGUGCUGCUGGAGCCGCGCACGGGCGUGCUGCAGGAGCAGAGCUGGGUCCGGUUCAGGGUGAAGGUGCCAAAAGCCCACAAGGCUGUCAGUCCUUGGGCAAGAGAAGACGGUGCUGCAGCUCGCCCCCAGCGCCGUUUGGGAAGGGGAUGUGUUCAGCGGGGCUGCGGGGACAACGAUCAGACUGGCGGCCAGCUUCAGCCAGCACUGCUCCUCCCUGGAGGUCCUCCUGGGGUUUGAGGUGGGAGGUGGCCCACCUGCCUCCCUGGGGUGUUCGGGGUAACGCGCCGGGAAGGGUUUGAAAAGCCAGGGAAGGAAGCACAAGCUCUUAAAACUGAAGGAUGUUGAGGAGACGUGGAGAAAUCUCCCAGAACUUUAUGGCAUGUCAGGGGGGAGUCUGGGUGUUACACGCAGAGCUUUUCUUCCCGCAGGAUAUCCAGAUACAUGCUGGGGCCUCCUAUCCCACUCGGAGAUCUCGCCGCCGCUCAAAUCAGUACCAACAUAUGGAAGGCUCCUCAUAUUUUGCUUCUGUCAGAGGAAACCAUUGUUCAGCUUCUCUACAGGAAGGAUGUCUCACUGCUUAUUACCAGCUUGAAUAAUUGUCUGGAAUGUUUCAUUUGACAUUUAUUCAAGAACUUGGAAACCCGCAUAGUUUCUUUCUCUUGAGAGGAUAACAACAACAACAGAAAAGAGCCCAAGCUGGAGCCAAGAGCAUCAGAUGGUAGCAAGAUUUUAAAAAUGUAAAUAUAUAGUAAAGCAACCAAGACCUCCUCGCAGAGGAAACCUGUGCUUGGGCAGAGGAGAGGGGAAAGGAAGGAAAGAGAUGCUGCAUUUUAUCAGCCAUGUCUUUAAAACAUCUUCCAGGUCUUCUUUAUCAAGGAUGACAAGUAGAUACACACUUAAGAGCUCCGAGGGUUUGAAAUUAAGAGAGGGAACAGGCAAGGAAGUGGCUCUGUAGCCAAAGCUUCUAACCGCAGAGUGGAAAGCGCAGACAACUGCUCUUAAACUUUGGCAGAUGCUGCAAGGCACCAUAAACAGGAGACGGCAACGCCGGGCAGGGCUCUCGCAGCAUCCAGGAGAACAGAUGACACUUCUUGUUUGAAGAAAACACGCUGUGAGAAUCUAAAGAAAAAGGCAAAAAUUGCAGUUGCAUCAUCUGGUGCACGAAGCGGUGCCACUGUUGGGAUAAAUUUAGAGGCCAUGGGCUGGAAGAUACACAGUGGAAAUACUUCUCCGUGCCUGGCGUGGAGUGAUGCUUGAAAUGGGGAUUCUGGUUGCAAUACGGAAGAACCGUGGGUUAUUUUUGGAUACUGCACAAGAGAUAGGGGAGGGGGUCGUUUGCUUUCUUCAGGUCUAGCAAUUUAAAUUUAACCUGUAGCAAAAAUUCAAAUAGAUUUGAAACUUUUCGGGGCCUGGAAAUCAGGCAAUGUAGAUAUUGUGUCAAGGUCUGCAUUUGACAACAAACUCACUGGAACCACGCUGAUGUGCUGGAAGAGUCCUCUGAAAACAAAACACGAGGACUGGUCUGAAGGAAGGGAAGCACCAGUAGCAGACACAGGCUAAACUCUUGCCCAUGAACUUAAAAAAAAAUAAAUAAAUAAAAUUAAGAAGUACAGAUCCCUGGAUUAUCCAGUUCUGACCCGUAUUUUGGUAGUCCACAUUGGGCCAUCCACUCGGAUGGAUAAGGGAAGGAGACGUGCAAUGUGCCUCAGCUCCCCCCUGUGUCUUUCAGAAUAAACACAACAAAAAAUCCUGUUCCCUGUGAGGCUGAGAAGACAACCCAGAGCCCAGCCCCGAGGGUCAGAGCCCCGAAAGCUGCUGGCAAUCGGAGUUGUCCUCCAGACUUACCCCUACUUCAUGAGCAAUAGUCUUCUGACCACGUCGUGCUCCCUGAGCAGUGGGGAUGCUGCUGGGCAACUUCCCAGAUUUCCCCUCCAAGCUGCAUUGCCCAUGGAUAGCACUGGCCAUGAAAUUUUAAUCUGCAGAGCUCAAUCCCUAAGUCUUUUUUUUUUUUUUUAAACUUUGUGGCAGAAUUUUGGCUUGGCAAACGAAAAUGACUGACAAGAGACACGACUCUCAGUUCCCAUUGCCAUCUUCCUUUCCAUGUCUUCUUUUUCCUUUUCAGCCAGCUUUCUUGCUAACUCUCCUCAGCUGUGCCCCUCUAACCCUGUUGAGCCACUCUACGUAUCUGUGCGUGCGCAAACACUGCGAGCUGAAACUGUCCCAUCUUUGCCCGAUUUAAGCAGGCAGGUCAUGAUCGUGAGCCCCCGGGGAAAAUCCAGCUUCCAGCCCAGUGAUUAACUCCUCUUUAUCCAUCAUAAUGAGGUCCAGAUUAGAGUUACCUUGAUUUGGGGUCCAAACAAUUUAUGUCAGCAUAUAAUUACCUGGAGGUGCUGAGAACUUUAAUGAUACUCCCACAGGGAAUUUUUCACUUCAAGGAUCUGAAGUCAAUCUACUCAUAUUUCCUCUCUAUGCAUGCUUGGGUAUAGCAUGCAACCUAUUUUAAAUGUCAUUCUUAUUUAGAUUUACAUACCUCAAAGCCUGCACCCCCAGCUCUAAGUGCCUUCACAAUAAACACGAGCACCACCUCUCCAAAAAUAACAGCCCUGGAGCAAGCAUCACUCAUGAAAACACAAUGAUAAGCGAAAGAACAAACCCGUAUGUCUCUCCUCCUCUCACUCCCUCUGCCCAUCAGGAUUAAAUUAGGUAAAGAUAGAUUACAACACAUACCUGGAGCUACAAAACACACCUAGUUCUGAGCUAACUUGGUUCAAAAAGUCAUUGGGAGGCCUCCAGGCAUGCACGGAGCUGUGGACAGCCAAAACCAGGAGGCUGCACCCAGCUCUACAAGCCUUCUUGACUGAGUGGCUUCUUUACAACCAAAAUCAAGGCAGGUAAGAGAAGGAAGAGCUGAACAUGAACCCCCCAGACUAAAACCUUCCUGAGCAAGGUAAGGCAGCAGUCACCAACCCGAGCAGCAUUUCUGGGCAACCUGCUCGCGGUGUCCCUGUGUGAUAGGGACUUGGAGCAGAUCACCUACGGAGAUCUUUCUGCCCCCAGCCAUUCUGGGAUCCCGUGAGCCUGGAGUGAGCUUUUGUCUUCCUUUAUGGAGCUGUAUGUGAUGUCAACCAAACACAGUGUCCAAACUCUUUGGCUUUACAUAUUUCCCUGUGCUAUAUCCCUGUUAAGAUUGUCAUUAGUGUGAAUUGUGUUCAUAUUUAUUUAGUUUAUCCAGUGAGUCUGUAUCAUUGAAGUGGCUAUACAAGCUGUGUUUUCUUUGGCUCCUUGUUGUGCUUCUUUGCUUCGGUGCUAUUAAAGCCUGAGAUGACCAUUCUUUCCAACUUGUGUUUGGCUUUCGGUGAGUUUGUUUGGGGGGAAUGAGAGUGUAGGAGUUUCCAGAAAUGCAUGGGAAUGUGUAGUUAGCUGCCAGACUGCAGCACAUGAACAUCAGGACACUGGGGUAGGAGCAAAAGUCUUCCUAAGUGCAUGCUGUAGUUGGGAUGAGUUGUACCUUGGAGUACAGCUCUGUUAGCAUCCAUGAGCUUCCCACACCACCAAAUCAUGCUGAGGCUGUGGUACAACAAGUCAGCAUGACAAUAUAAUGAAGCUUCUGCCACCCUUGGAGCAGGUCAUGGUUGUACACAUGCACCACGUGUGCUCUGCGUGUUCAUGCACACCAUGAACCAGCC